ACUCUGGGGCCUGUUGUAUUUGGGUGACGUGACACAUCUGGAUUGAUGUCCGGACGAAUCCAAACACCGGAGGUAAUAAUUUGCCCCUAAGUAGAGCCGGACAAGGGAGACCUUUUCUCUUCAUCUCUGAAGCCAUCCAAUCUUAUUAUAUUCCCACCAUUUAGCUUAUGUCUUCAGAUUUCCAAAUCACCUCUCCAGCUUCAAUAAAACUGUUCAAACCUACCCAACUUCUACGUAAGUUCUUCUUCACCUACAAAAAAACUUUGCUUCAAUUCCUACAUAAAUCACCAAAAACAUUAGCUUUCACAUCCUAUGGAGUUUCAUUCGACCUAUACCAAGCUUAAACGGAGAAAUCGCCGGAGUAGAGGUUUCCGGCUGAGCUCCGGCAGGCUCUGCGUUAUUCGGCUUCGGCUUCGGCUUCUGACCGCCUUCGAGCUCUUGUAUCAGUACCUGCGAAGGAUAAAGAAGAGGUUUACUAGGAGGAAGAGAAGCGAAGAUAUCAUGAGCGGGUCCAGAAGGCCCGAUUCCAGGUUAAGGGCUUGCAGGAGAUCCAACUCUUUUUACGCAGAAGCCAUAGCUGAAUGCUUGGAGUUCAUUAGAAAAACAUCUUCUUCUGUGGAUGACGCGUCCAAGAUGGCCGUAGGAGGCGGCAAAGUUGAAGAAGACGGCGGCAGCUGCGGCCGGUGAUGGCCAUGGUGAGGCUAUUGGAGAAAUUUCUCUCUGUCAACUGUUCAUCUUCAUUCAUUUCUUUGUUGAUCAGUUAUGUGUUCUGCAAAUAGAACGCAAGUCUCAAUCCAAAGCAAGUGAGGAUGAACAUUUAUAUACAAAAAUUUCUUAUAGGAUGGGAGUUGGUUCUUAAUUUGUUCUUUGAUAUAUAGGGUUGAUCUUAAAUUUGGGCUUCUAAGUUUACUAUGAUGAUCAUAAUUGAUCAUCACAGAGUUGCCCUUCGUUGGUUUCAGCCCUUGUUUUUGUCUAUAAUGUUUUCUUUCAUUAAAUAAGGCUUGAUUGUACAGAUGUAGUUAGAAAUUAAGGGAUUAUAUGAUGAUCCUAAAGUUUGUAACUAAGCUUCGUUUGGAAUAGCUUUUUUAUUGCUUCUUAAAGUAAUUUUUCAGUACUAAAAAUUUAUUUUAAGAAGCAUUAAGAAAACAGUUCCAAACGAAACUACUUAAGUUGAUUUUGAUAAUGGGCUUUUAAUUACUUUCUAAUGAAGUUUGAUUCACUUUUGUUCUAUGGAUA